AUAUAAUAUAAUAUAUUAUUAAUUGAGUUUUACUAAUUUAUUAAGAAAGUAAUAUAUACUAUAUAUAAUAUAUCAGUUUGUAAUUAUUAAGAAACUACUUACUAAAAAGUUGUUAAUUUACAAAAAAGAGAAAACGCACAUUUUUUUAAUGAUACCACUAAUGCAAUCAACUAAUUCCAAUGAACCACACGUUGAAAAUAUUGUACAAGGACCACCACAGUUACCACCUUUACAUAAAGGACAAAAAAUACAAAGUGGUCCAUAUACUAUUACCGUAACAGAUGAUAUGGUUGCACAAAGGGAAAGACAAAAUCAAGAAUUAUAUAGAGCGUGGUUACAUGAGCAAAGAAGAAGAGAAAUGGAUGAUGAUUAUAUGGGAGAUUUUAAAGAUUCGGUAGUGAGGAGGAACUUUAUUAGGAAAAUUUUUUGCAUAUUGGGCAUGCAACUUCUAUUUACAACAGCUGUCGUAGCAUUUUUUAUGUUUGUACCUGUUGCACGAGAAUUCAUGUUAGUUAAUUGGUUUAUUUGGCUAAUAGCUUUAAUAAUCUUUAUGAUCACAUACUGCGCUAUAGCAUUUUCUGAUUGUGCAAGACGCCAUACACCAAAUAAUUACAUCUGUCUUUGUUUGCUGACAAUGGCUAUGUCAUAUUUGGCUGCUUUUGCUUCUGUAUUUUAUGCUGUAGAAGUUGUUCUUAUAGCGUUAGGCAUGACAACAAUUGUAACUAUCACAAUUAGUUUUAUAGCCACAUUCACUAAGUUUGAUCUAACCAUGCGAACAGGAUUGAUAACAAUAAUUGGAUUAGUUGGAAUUAUUGCUCUUUUUGUAAUGGUGAUGGUAUCAAUAUUUAUGUAUAUAAAAACAUUGCACAUAAUAAUGGCCAUUAUAGGAACACUUCUUGUAUCAAUGUAUCUAUUUUUUGACGUACAAACAAUCAUGGGUGGACGAAGAAUAGAAUUAAAUCCAAACGAAGUUGUUUAUGCAACUACUCAAAUUUAUGUUGACAUAAUUUUACUGUAUCAGUACAUUCUUAUGUUGCUAGGUUUAUUUCACGAAGGAUAAAUACAGAAAAUUUAUUACAUUUUGUAUUUAUA